GCGACGGGACGGUCUAUGGGGAUGCGCCAUGUGUUUGAUGGGAUUGGGGGGUGGGCUGGGUAGAAGCGGUGUCCUGUUAUUGCUGGAAUUGGUUGCUUUUGGACCGUCUCUUGACAGCUCUUGGUGGUUGCUUUUGUCGCAGCGUAACGCGCCGAUAACCCCGAUCUCGUCUCUCCAUCCGCCGAUCUCCUGCUCUGCUGUCAUCACGUCGCCAGGUCUCGCUGUCUGCUCUGCAUCGACAUCCAGCGGUCAAGGAUCCACAUUGUUCCUCCCCUUUACUCCCACGACAUCCGCGACCACGCACGAUAAGACGUCGAUAUUCUUGGUUACUCUGCAUAACCCACCUUCGGUCCCCCGCCUACUCAUCCACCUCGAAGCCUGCGACAAUCCAGCCAGCCGACUCUCCGGACAGGUUCAACCCUCGUAUCCUCCAGCUAGAUCGAGUCGGCAAGCAGCACCUACUGAGGAGAACGCGGCUCCUCGCAGAUUCAAUGUUCAACCCGCCGAGACCACAACACGAAGCAGCAAGGACAACAACAACCAAACCCCGCCGAGGCGUUUUUCUCCAACACCUGUCGAGACAAGUUCAAAAAGCUCGAGGGAAACGCAGCAGUCACCGCAGCCUGCUAGAAGGUUCGCUCCUGAACCCGUUGAGACGAGUGUGAAGAGCAGCAAAGAUAGGGAACAAACACUACAGACCACGAGGCGAUUUGCUCCAGAGCCUGUCGAGACAAGCACGAAGAGCUCUCGAAAUCCGGAUCUGCCGGCAGAGAAGCCCAAGUCUCGUUUCCUGCCACAACCCAUAGAGAUGACCUCCAACAGCAAUCGUGCCAAGUCAAGAUCACCGCUAUCAAACUCGCCCCAAACAAAGUCACCUCAGACCAAGUCACCUCCUAACGAGAAGUCGACUCCCUCAUCAACACCUCAGGAAGCCCCCGCCGAAAAGCCAAAGCGACGGUUCGCUCCUCAGCUCAUCGACACAGCGACUCGUUCUCGUAAGAACUCGGACGAGAAGCCAUCGUGGUCUGCGGAUCACAGGACCGACAUGACGCCUGGUGAAAGCUCCAGAGUUGCAUACAAUAACAUAGGCCAACAGAUUACCAUCGCCGAUCGCGAAAGGCCGGUAUCACCAACCGAGCGACCUCACUUUAUUAUGCCUUUCGCACGCCGGAAAGAUCGAUCCGACUCUGCCCGAAGCCAUUCGUUCCGUAUGCCUGAGCUUGAGACUAUCGAGAGCUCUGAGAGUGAACCUAGCGCACCUCCCAGUUUGUCGACGAGCCCCUCUUCCAACGACUUUUCACUCGGAGCAGCCAUGGAGCCACACAAUAGUGCAUACAAACAUGCAACAAGAGUUCGUGAAAGCGUGGACGAGACUUUCACUCGCUACUUGCUCGAGCUCGAGGGGAGGAAGGCUCAGGCGAAGCUUCAGGAACAAGCAUUGGCAGCAUUCCCGAACUCGGACUACCACGAGCCGGUUUCUCACUACUUGAAUGCAGAGAGCGAAAGUGAGGACGAGGAAAUAGAGGAUCGUCCAGCGACAUGGGAUGGUCAUGAUGACGAUGAUUAUAUGAUGAGCGUCCGCACGCCACAUGGGCGAGGCUCGACUCACGGAACGUACGAGGUUCGGGAAAUGCACCAACACUUCGAAGAGAUGGAGCAGGAGCGCAAGGCUGCUGGUACCACACGAAGGCAAUCUUCUGUCAAGCCCUCACCAUGGUGGAACCCCGCAGGUCACGAUUUCGCUGGAUCAAACUACCCGGAUACAGAGGCGAGAGCCAUGCGUGAUAGAGCACGUCCGCCUAUGCUUGGUGGUGAUCUGAAGUUUCCUCGCUCUGCUUCACCUGAACCUGCACGUUUCGAUGUGACACAAGGAUCCAACCAACUUCGUAGUCAGAUGUGCUACUUGACCGAGCAGUCGCAAACUGAAGUAUCUCCCGAAGGUCUUUGGGGUGGCAAGAAGUUGUCAGGGGAUCCCUCUGAACACCAAAAGAGCACACAAAAGAGUGUGCACACCAUUUACAGCCAGAAGAGCGUGACCUCUCAGAACGGCGGAGGACUUUGGGGAGGCUUCUGCGUUGACGACCGCAAAUCUGGCGAGAACGGUCUUGCUCCUCCGACAGCUACCAUGCAGACUGGAUUGAUGACACCCGCCGUCGAGCCUCCCAAUCCUUUCGAGACUGGUUUCAGCCUGCCUCCACCGACUACACUACCCCAGACGCCGCCCGAGAAUGAAGGAUUCAAUCAAAUCGAUAUCAUCCUCAGCGAAGAUAAUGAGCUGGACGAGCUGAUGGAGCAGGAGUUCCCUGAUUCUUUCGUCACACAGGUAUACAACUACCUCUCACUGGGAUACCCGACCAUCGCUCGAGCCUACGACGAGGAGCUGUGUAAGAUCAGCCACAUUCCGAUUUCCGAGCUUCGACACGAUGAUGAAAUCGCCAAUAAGCUGCCACGGGGCUAUAUUCGAUUGGGAGAGGACUUCGAAGGUAGAGGUGACGGCACAGACCAGGAACUCGAAGAAGAUGGUUGUGCAAGAUGGAUGGCACUGAAAAAGUACAUACGCGAAUGGGCUCGCCAAGAGAAGAAUAUGGUCAAGACCGGCUCCACUGGAGGUCUUGCCGGUAACUGGGGCACAGGCGCUAGAAGGGGUAGUUGGGCAUGGUAG